GUCUACCUUAAGUGAAGCGCAUCAACAACAAGGUUGUUUUCUAUUUCUCUUCGCUGUUGAUCGUUUCUCCAGGCACCUCCACUGUUCGCUGCUAUAACCUACCAGCAUGAAUGUGGGUGUGGCACACAGCGAGGUGAACCCAAACACCCGAGUCAUGAACAGUCGAGGCAUCUGGCUGACCUACGCACUUGGUGUGGGAAUCCUUCACAUUGUGCUCCUGAGCAUACCGUUCUUCAGCGUGCCAGUGGUGUGGACGCUCACCAACGUCAUACACAAUUUGGGAAUGUAUGUGUUUAUGCAUGCGGUGAAAGGGACGCCUUUUGAGACCCCCGAUCAAGGAAAGGCCAGACUUCUCACACAUUGGGAGCAGCUUGAUUAUGGCGUUCAGUUCACGUCUUCCAGAAAGUUCUUUACCAUUUCCCCCAUCAUCUUGUAUUUCUUGGCGAGUUUCUACACUAAAUAUGACGCGACGCACUUCAUCAUAAACACUGCCUCACUUCUAAGUGUGCUCAUCCCCAAACUCCCGCAACUGCAUGGUGUUAGAAUCUUUGGGAUUAACAAGUACUAAAUACUUCUCUACACUACCUCUAUCCAGUUCUAGUGUAUUCUGUAAUGUGAAAUACAGUACAUGGUUCAAUUAGUGUCAUUGAGAUCAGUGAGAUAAAAUGUUUAAAUGAUGCAACCUUUUUAAGACUGGAUGAAAACAACUGGAAAAAACAACAAAUUAUUUUCACUGAAGAAGAUAAAAAUAUUUAUUGGGAUUGGGGGGAGGGAGUUCAUAAAGUUUUCUGGAUAAUUAAACAUGCACUUGUUAAAAUUGAACCAGUAAUCAACAUCGAGAAAAAACGUAUUAUUUUACAUCACUGCGAGUUGAGUGAAUAAUGAGAUAUUAAAAAAAAAAAAAGUUUGCAUUUAGGAAACUUUUAGGAUUAAACAUUCCCCAGGUCAAAUUGACCCGGGAACAUUAUUGCUGUUCUAGAGAAACGAACCUAUGAAGAGGCAGUAAUGUUGUGGCCCAAAUUGAACCAAACACACACAUUUCGGACACUUUUCUGGAUAAUUAAACAUGCCGUGGGUCACCAAUAUCAUUGCUGUUCAUGCAAAAUGAUGUCACGUUUUAAAGUUUCACAAAAUCAAAAAGGUUAAUACACUUAAUCAACAUACACAUUUAUGGAUAACGAAAAAUUCCCCGAGUCAAAUUGACCCAGGAGCACUAUUGCUGUAUGUAACAGGAGGUUGAGUGAUGCGUUUGCAGUCUGGUCUGACCCGGGCUGGCCCAGGUAUCAGUGAGGCUUUUGGUUGUUUUUGUUCUUUAUCUGACUUGAAUUCACACAGUGACACUAAUGACUAUGAUGUUUGUUUGUUUUUUAGCCACAGCAAUGCCCCAAAUGUGUUUUUUCAACAAACGUUUACUUCCUUAGGAGCCUAAAGGAUUUCCUAAAGGCUGUCAGUGUAUUCACCCUUGAGUAAUUGAAUGGAAUCCUCCCUUAUUUACAAUAUGUGUGUGUGUGUAUAUAUAUUCUAUGAAUACCUUUAUGUCAAUCACAGGGUAGGUGUUUUGACCAUUUCUUUUGUGACUGUUAAGUAUUUUAGUGGUGUAAAAAUGUUCUUGGAGAAGUGAGAGAAAUUUCUAUUGAUUGAGAAAAGUCGAACUUAUUGCAGGUUUUGCCCUUCCAUGGGAUCCAACUGUCAUCAUUGUUUCAUGUGUGGCUCAUUUUGUAUUUAUUUUUGUCCAGGUAAAAUAAUUAAAAGUAUACAGUACAUUA